GUCCAAAGCAUCCACCCACCGCCUUUUUAUACGACCGAAUUCUCAGUGAAGUGGACGCCAAGAAACGAAGCUCUUCUCUCAUAUUAAUUUCUCAAACCUUCAUUUCUUUUCAGUCCCAGGAAACCAACCUUUCUCUGUCCCAUACCAACACUGAGAGAAGGACGUCUAUUACUUGUUCUGUUUUUGUGAUAGAAGCGUUGGCACCCAGAAUGAAGAAGGCGGAGAUAGAUACGAGAGCACCAUUCCGCUCCGUCAAAGAGGCUGUUUCGUUGUUCGGUGAGAAAGUCUUGGCGCAAGAGCUCUAUGCAACCCAGCUCAAAGAGAAUUGCUAUCCACGAGAAAUUAAUUUGGAGCAUUUGAAGAAAAAGCUCCAAAUGUUAUGCUUGCUUGCAGGGUGGUGCAAUCUUCAGAUACAGAAGAGAGGGAAUGAAAAUGGGAUGGAAGAAUCAUCGAGGGUGGGAAGAGUAGCAGUAGAGCUGGAGGAGACGAGGCAGAAUCUGGAGAGGGCGAGGGAGGAAAGCAUGUUAAUGGCGCAUUGCUUGUCGUCUCUGCAAGAAGAGCUUGAGCAGACGAAGCAAGAGCUGCAACAGCUGAAGCAACGAGAGAAUGAGGAGAAGCAUGCAGUGGAAUGCGAGAUUAAUGAAGAUGUCAAGUUCGUUGAGAACUUGAGCAGGUCAGAAGAGUUUCAGAAGAAAAGGUACGUCACAUCUGCGAAUCCUCCCUCUGUGUUGUCUCAUGUCAUUCACCCACAGAGUGUUGAGAAGCUGGAGAGGCAUCCUUCCCUCAGGAAGAAGAAGAAGAAGAACCCUUUGAUUCCUCUCAUUAGUAUCUUCUCCAGGAAAAAGGCUAACCCUCGAGUCCUCUGAACGCAUAUAUCACUUCCAGCUUCUAUGGCCUCGUAUCUUAUACUCUUAUAUGCUUUAAUUUCAGCUGCCAUAUUUUCUGUUCUUUGUGUCCUUUUUGUAUCAUACUAGCUGGUAGCCAUUAACAUAUUCCACCAAAGUAAGACGAGAGUGUAAGAGGAGGCACAUUUAAGAGUCUUGUAUUCGUGAAGCACCAUUAUUACAGAUGCAGGGUGCAUUUGGUCAUUUGAAAAGUACUUUUAAGCUUUUCAUAUGUCAAAAUUUAUUUGAAAAAUUUUUAAUUGGCCAAUAACUUUUGAGACAUGUAUUGAAAUGAGGUUUGGAAGUAAACUUUGAAACUCAAUUUUGAAUUGAAUUUCAAAUGUCAUAUGUGAGUUGAGCAUUCAAUGAGGGAAAUAAAUUUAUACUUAUUUUUUUAAUUAAUCAUGCUAUUCUUGAUUUUUUUGCAUUUUUCAUACAAGUUCACUUCAUAGCCCUCUAACUCUUUUUUGUUUCCACUC